UCAUUUAAUGGAACAGCUUGCCAACCAUAUAAAUACAAGAGCGCGCCUUUGCUGCGUCACAAUUAGAAUUUGAGGAAUCGAGAUCUCUUGCGCUUUCGCAGUGUCGGAACCAGGCUGAUCUUGUGCCCGAAAACACGAAGUGUAACAACUUUUUAGCCAUAUUUUCUACUUCAGAUCUAACAGAAAACACAACCAAGACCUAACAAAAUGGCUCAAGUGCGCCAGAACUACCACGAAGAGUCGGAGGCUGGAGUUAACCGCCAGAUCAACCUCGAACUGUAUGCAUCGUACACGUACUUGGCUAUGGCGUUUCACUUUGACCGUGAUGAUGUAGCCCUUGGGAACAUCCACAAGUACUUUGUGAAGGCAUCCGAUGAAGAGCGGGACCACGCCCAGAAGCUGAUGAAGUUCCAGAACCAGCGCGGGGGACGCAUCGUGCUCCAGGAUGUGAAGUGUCCACAGAAGUCUGCAUGGUCGUCCGCUGCGGAGGCCAUGCAGGACGCUCUAGACCUGGAGAAACAUGUCAAUCAAGCUCUCUUGGACCUUCACAAGAUCGCAUCCAAGCACGAAGAUGCUCAGAUGACGGACUUCUUGGAAGCCAACUAUCUGACCGAGCAGGUCGAGGCCAUCAAGGAACUUGGCGGCUACGUCACCAACCUGAAGCGCGUCGGACCAGGACUCGGAGAGUACAUGUUCGACAAGGAGCACUUCGACUAAAGCUUGAACCUCCGAAGCUUCUACCUAGGGCCUCUAUUGUCACUCCUAUGCACCUGUAAAUCUUGUAUACAUGUAUGACUUUAACAAAAUAAUAUAAUUAGGCAAAUAUUUCAGGUUUACUUGAAUCUGUUUCUAUGAAUCGCUAAUGAAGUUCUUUUGCAAUCGCUCUUGAAAAUACCACUUUAGCACUGCUAAGAUACUAAUUAUGGAGCAAGCACACAUGCUCAAAUUCUUCAGAAAUAUAUGACAGUAUGUGUUAAUAGUAAUAUAUCUACAGUACUUUAUUUCUUGAAAGUAUAAUCUCUGGUUGUGGAAUAGUCCUUGUUUUUUACAAGCAUUAGAUCUUGAGGCCCUAGAGUGUAGUAUUGUAAUAUGGUGCAAAUAAAAAAAGAAAAAUUCCCUGUUGUAAAUCUUGCAUGAAUGCAGGUCAUUUUGUUAUCAUAAGAUCAUUGCAUUAUGAGCGACAAGGAGUAAAAAAAAAUAAGCAAAAAGU